CAACAAUUUCUAGAUACAUUUUUAAAAUUAUUAAUUUGAAACAUUAUCUUUCAUUUUGUGGUGAAUAGUCUCUUGGGAUUAUUCCAAACGAUUCAGUAAUAUAAACUAUGAAACUCUGCAACGAAACAGUCAGAAUUGGAUAUCAUAACAUCAUGGCUGCAAGCUUCAAUAUGACUGAUUUAGAAGGCGAUCCCUUCCAUGAUGAUUAUGAGGACGAAUAUGUGAGAGGUGCAUCCUUGAUGAGAGUUCUGGAUGUUUCAUCCAUGAUAACGGAUUUGAUAAAGUUCCUUUUAUGCCUAUGCGUGAUAGCAGCAGAUAUUUUUCUGAUCACCAUCAUUUGUAAAACAAAAAAACUCAAAACAAAAACAAAUAGUUUUAUAGUGAAUUAUGCCAUUUUCAAUAUGAUCUCUAUAGUGGCUAUUCCAUUAUUCGAAAUUCUGAGAGCGAUAACACGUUUCAACUUUGGACGAUUUUACUGUAUUGUGGAACAAAUUGAAUCGUCAAGUAUAUUAUUUUGUCACAUGUUCGGGUUCGGGCUGGCAUUCGAAUGGUUCUUCGUGGUUUUUUAUUCAUCUCCAGGAAAAUUCUUCAGUAAUAUUCACAAAUAUUCCGUAUAUUUAAUCUAUGUGAUUGGAACAAUACAGUUUUUAUCAACAGUUCCAUUUUGUUUAACAGACGACUGGAUUGUUAGACAUAUGAUAGAUAGAGUUACUUUUGUUGGAAUUUGUGGUUUUCUUGGAGUUUGCAAUUAUUUUUCAUACAAAAGAACUUCUGGUAUGGAUGAUAACAAAUAUGCUCUCACUGCAGCAAAUAUUAUGGUAUUUUUUUGGCUCCCAUUGUUUUUAUACGAUGAACUCUUCAUUCACAAUGGCAGUAGUAUGACGCUUUACUUCAUCUUGGAAAUCACACUUUUUAUACCAGACUGGUUGGCGUAUGGUAGCCCUAUCAUUGUUAUUAUUUCGUUGGGCAAAUCUAAUAAAUAUUUUCAGAUGGCUUAUUCUAGAGCAUUCAAGAGGUCUGUCCGGAAAUAUGCUAGUGAUGAGGAUGGUUUGGAUGAAUCUGAAGACAACACCAUCGGUGAAAAUGGUACAAAUGUUUAUGAUAACGCUACUCCGAUAUGAAAUCUGUACGUUCAGAUAAAUUAAAUCAAGAAUUUAA